GUUGGAUGCCAACUGCGGAUAAACCCCACCGAAGAAGAAAAUGACCGGCUACGGAAAUGACAUACGCUGGAGGAAAAAAAUGCUAGCAGUAGCCACUCUUUGCUCACGUCUGUCUUUGCCGUUAGCUACCUUCUGUAGCGUUUAAUGAUUGCACCGUUUCACAAUAUCCUCAAUAUAUAUGUAUUUUUUUACCAUUGCAGUAACCUCUGUGUCGUUUUUUUUACAAACUCAUUGGCUUGUAAUUUAAAAAAAAAUCGAAAUUCAAGUUACCUAAUCUAUCGAUUGGUUCGGGGGAUUCUACAUGAAUAUCUAGCUAGCUAGCUAGCCUGCUACAGUCAAAAUGGCGGACAACGAGGAUGAGAGUGAUGUGUCAAGUACAACAACAGGGGCAGAUCAUGGUACGAUAUAUCAAGUUCAAUGUGUUUCUGGAUUGCAAGUAAAUGAAACCCCUACAGAAUUGGAAAACGAGAACCAAGUCGGCGAGAAAUGUAUUGAAGCGCAAGGCUUGACAGAUUUUCUGCAAAGCUGCACAGAAGAGGAGACAUUCGUUGCAAAGGACUCCCAAGUGGUUGUCAGCCAAACUGAGGAAAAUGAACAACAACCUGAACAAAACAUAACGUCUAUUGUUGAGACUUCAGGUAUUGCAACUGGUGCAGAGUAUUCUACAGUCAGUGCUGACUUUGUAAACGCUCUUGCACCUGGAACCACCAUUAUUUAUGUGCAACCAGACGGUAGUUUUGUUGAGGGAUCAGGUCUGACUGCAGAGGAGCAGCAACAGCUAGUGGAGCAGUUGGCCAAACAGCAGCUUGUCACAGUGACGGAGAGUGAGGCUGUUCGCCUGUUUGAACAAAAUCAAGUCAUCAAAACACUCCCUACUACUUCAUCACAGACACAGUAUACCAUUCCCAGUACAGCACUGGCUCCCAAUGAACUGCAACAAGUGCUAGAGCAAGUGAUCAAAUCUCAGCAAUCCAUGGCCCAGACACCCAAGGAAUCGGAGCAGGUUGUGACCACUCUGGACCCCACAACUGGCUUGUUCACGACUGUUGCAGCUUCAGAGAUUGCAGUAGCAAGCCCACAUCCACUGGUCACUAUGCAGAAUGCAUCACAGCAGCUGAAGAAGGUUGCGAAACAAGUGGCACUUCAGUCCCACAAUGGUACGCACCUGGUCCCGAAAAAGGUAACUACUUUUUUGAUUAGUUUAUUCUAUUAAAUUAUUGCUCAUGCGACUUUCACUGAUAUUUAAUACGCUCAAUUGUGAAAUUCUAUGUUUGAUGAGAAAAAAAGCUAACAUUUGAUCAUGGCACUUUAUCAGCUGUAUGAAAUCUACUAUCCAUUAAUUAUGACCGCCACUGACAUUAGUAUUGUUUAUAUUUUACCAGCAGGAAACCAUCCGAAUCCAAGUCCAGAUGCCCUCUGGAAAGCAGGAGGUGAAAGGACCUACGCAGGCUACCAUUUCAAUCCCCCAACAGAAGAAUUUGGCUGUGAGGAGUCAAGGCCAACAGGUCAAAGUGUCUACAAACGGCAGUGUGAGCAGCAGCCCCCAGAUCAUCCACAUCACACCCAUGGUUGGACAGCAACAGUACUUCCUACAGCAGAACCCUGGAGACCCUCCCAUUCAGCUGCUUCUGCAGAGUUCAACCCCCUUGGUUGGCAGCCUGGUUCCCAUUGUGCACAAACUGCCCAUGCCUGUUCAGACCCCUGUCCAGCAGCCUUCUGGUAAGGCCCCGGUCAAUGGCACAGCAGUUAAACCUGCCACCACAUCUGUCUCUGUCUCAGCCUCCACAGUGGAAAAAGUAAAAAGGGUCAAAACCAGAGUGAAGAAGGCACCGAAUAUCAAAACGCGUUCUGGGAGGGUGUCCAGACCGCCCAAGUACAAGGUGAAGGACUAUAAGUUCAUCAAGACAGAGGAUUUGGCUGAGAGCCAUCAGUCAGAUUCUGACGAUUACUCUGAGAUCAGUGUGGAGGAAGAUGAGGAUGGCGAGGAUAGUAAAAAGGGAGCAUCAUCUAUGAGUUACAGUCACAAGCGGAAGGCCUUUCAAUGUGAAACGUGCGAUAAGGCUUACAUAGGCCACGGAGGUCUGUCCAGACACUACAGGCUGAAUCCCUCUCACGGUGAACUGAAGUCCACUCCUGAAGGGACCCCUAAAACGGAAAGCCCUGGUAAGAGCGCAGGCGCUGGGGCCGAACAAAAGAAGCCGACUGAAGAGAGUAAUGCCAGCAGUGUUAAAAAUACAUCAGGUCCUGAGAAAAGUGAUGCCACAGAGGAAACAGCUGCUGCAACUUCAACCACGCAACAAAAAGUAAGUUGCUCGAAAGUUACCUUGUCUAAUCAAAUGUUGACAAACGAAUACCAUUGGAAUGUUGACGACCUGCAGCUAAUUUAGCCGAAAGCUAAUAUUAUGGUGAUGUCUGUCUGUUAUAGUGCUGGUUUCCCGGACACAGAUUAAGCCUUGUCUGGGACAAAAAAUCAAGCACAAUGGAGAAUCUCCAUUGAAAUAGCUUUUUAGCCCAUGACUAGGCUUAAUCUGUGUCUGGGAAACCAGUCCAUAAUGUUUUUACAGAUUGUACCUUCACAGGUGGAUACCACGGCAGCCCAAGGAGUAGCAGCUUCUACCAGACAGGCAGUGGUCCAGGCUCGGGGACCAGGGAGGCCCAGAGGACGGGGCAGACCACCUACCAAAGGCCUGCCGAUCGUGGCAGCACAUCCAGCAGUGAGACGGGGGCGUCGGGGCCGACCCCCAAAGCUAGGAGGGGGAGUAGCCAGUGUGGAGCAGCAGGCCCAGAGAAGGAAAGCACGGCUCAAAGAGGUACAUCAAAUUAGGAGUCAGAACACUUCCAACAAACGGUUGCUGCUAGGAAUGUUUCUACACGAAGUUAAAAACAAGUGUUUAAAUAUACAAAAAAACAUUGUUGUUAUAAUGCAAAACACAUGAGUAUUUAGCAAUGCUGUGAGUAUAACAUGAAUCUCUGAACACCAUAAGUUGUUUGACUGUCUGUCACUUGUUCCCUUGCUAGGUGACACACGAGUGUGAUAAUGAAGAACUGAUGGAGACUGUGCUCCCUCGUCUGGCUAAGGUCAUGACUGUCUGGGAGUUCCUCUUGAUGAAGGUAAGGUCACCACGCUAACCACCUGAACAAACAGUUGCACGCCAAUAAAACAACUUACACAAUAAUUGUUUUUGCGACACAAUGUUUGAAUGCACUUUAUCAUACUUUUUAGCAACAGGCAAAUAUAGAAUAAGACACAGUUGCAGUUUGUCGUUUACUGAAUAAUUGUAUCCCAUUAACCCUCAGGUGGAGAAGGGGCGGCAACCCAAAACCCAGUUUUCGGAUGUGUACCGAGAGUUUGAGCAGCUCCACAGCCAGGUGAAGAAGAUGGCCCAGGACUAUAUCAGUAACCCUCAGGGUGUCCACACGGCCUUGGAGGUCCACAAUGUAGAGGUAAGAAGUAUAUCUAUAUUAUUCAAUUCAAUAAAACUUUAUCAAUUUGGGGGGAAUUAAUAACGUCAUAGCCAGAUUACAAAUAAAGAUCCUCCACGCAUAAUACACUGGGAGUUGAAACGUAUUCAAAUGCAUUGAACAAAUGUAUUCAGUCUCGGAAACAUAAUGUACAGAGUAAAAUUGUUCAUAAUGUAUGUCCUGUCGCUUAGGUUGCCAAAUCUCUUGGCAUCUUCGAUGAGGUGAACAAGUUGAAAGUCCUGAACCCUCCAACGCAGCAGAAUGUCACCAACAUGGCAACCAAGAAUGUCCGCUACAUGGAGGUAAGCACCAUUUAAUUUAGACCGCACACUUUAACUCUACUCUUGCUGUUAUGGAAUUAGGCUGUUACUCUUGCUGUUAUGGAUUUUUUUCAUAGUAAUGAAUUGUUAUGAGAUGCUAAGAUUUAAAGGUAAUUGUUAGGUUGAUGAUAGUCUGUUUGUUAUUUUUUUUACCUAGAAUUCUAAAAUGUUACCUCCAACGAAGAGAUUUAAAAUGGAAAACCGGGCUGGUGUUCAAAUCCAUCAGAAUGGCAUUGAGACUUCCAAAAAAGGUAUGUUGUAUUUUUUACCUACUAUCAACCUGUGGAUAGGUAUCUGCUAGGUGUCCAAACCAGAACAUGGAAGAAAUCAUGGAAAAUCACUAAUUGUAUUCUGCUUUCAUUUCCCUGUAUACUCUCACUCUCAGAAUCCAGUGAGGCCAAAGUAGAGAACACCGCAACAACAAGCAUGAAGGACAUUUUACAACAAACUCAGGCACCCACCAAGAGCCCCGCGGGCCCUCAAGCCACUCAGACUGCUAUUGUCAAACCACAGGUCGUCUCAUCUAACCCAGAGAUGAACGUAACACCCAUGGAACUGAUCCAGGAUCACUUAUCCAACAGCAUGACAGAGACGGUUGGCUCAGUGGGAGGAGAGGAGGCCAUGGAGACAGGUCAGGGUGCGUCUGGUACGGAACCAACCGAGGUCCUGAGCACCACUGACAUAGCAGAUCAGAUGAAAGAGUUAGAGAAGGCCUUGGCCACAGACCCAGUCCCAGUAGAUCAGCAGCCCAGGAGUAGUAGCACUCAGCCGCAUCAGCCCGACAGUACCCUAGUCCAGCAGAGCGGCCUGACCCAGGCUGUCUCCACCUCCAGCGGAGGCCAGGUGGUGGUUCAGGAGGCCCAGGGCAGCCAGGAAGGCCAGGAGAUCUACAUCCAGACCGAGGGGCUCACCAUGCACCUAGCAGAGGGCCAGGAGGGCGACAUGGCCUCUGAGCGCAUUGUCAUUGUCAACGGGCCUGACGGCACCACCAUGCACAUCCGCGCCCCUGAAGGAGUCCCUCUGGAAGCAGUCCAUGCCCUGCUUGGUAUUGAGGCUGAGGGGAAAACACAGCAGUGAUUUGUUGUUUCUCCAUAUCCGACCCUCUCAACAUCCCCCAUAUAGAUUUUUUCCAUCUGGUGGAUUUUUAUUGUAUUCCAAGUGUUCUUUAUGAAUUUGUAAACAUUCUUUUCGAUGUGGUGUUUUCAUAUUUCGACAAAUUAAUAGCCCUUCCUUUAAAAAGUGUUUAGUUGUUUGUGAUAUGUUUAUAUGUAGAUAAAUAUCAAAAGCAGUUUAAAAAAAGUUGCACUAUUUUAUUACUUUUUAUAUAUUUGGGCGUAACAUUUUCCAAACAUAAAAUAGGUUUGUAAUACCAUGGGAAAUUGAUUCAAUGGAGGGGAAACUUAAAAAGAUAAAUGUUAAAGUUGUGGUUUUAUUCAUUUCCAUGUUUCAUUUGUUGUGAUUCAUUAUUGCAGUACAACCAUUUCAUAUGCUGUACAGUUUAGCUCAUUUUCCUCUUAAUAAAGGAUGUGAGAACAAAUCAUUAUUUUAUUUAACAGAGUUGAAACCACCAGCAUUGCUGUGCUUCAUUCAGUGCAUGUGAGUUCCUUUGUAAUGUCCAUACAGUAUUUGUAUGGCUACGGUACUUACAAGUCCAUACACAGAAUAGAAUCCCAUUCAAAUAUGAAAAGAAUGUUCCAACUGAUGUUUGUUAGAUUGGUCGAUGCCCUGUCUCUGAAAUAAGAACCUCUAACAGUAGCUUUGCACUGUUGUCUAUGUACGGCUGUUACAGCCAGCAGGAGAGGUGCACCAUUGAGAGGUCUGUGUUAGUUGUGUGAGCUAGUUCCUGAAGAAUGGCCUGCUUCAGAGUCAGUUCAUGCUUGUAGCCUUUGUAGAGCUUGGAGGAGAUGUCAGC